UUCAUGUGUACACACACGGCUCCCACUCACUCUUGAUUGCUCCCAGUGCUGUCCUUUGAAUCGCAGCUCAUUUCUAACAGAUUCAUCGUGAGGAUAUCAUGUAAUGACAGAAAAAACAAGCUCAGACAAAGAAGGAUGAGAGGGUUGUGAAGGAGAUUUCCAUAUCAAAAGUGACUACAAGACUUACGCUAAACCAAUGGAGGACCUGGACGACAGCAUUUCAUCAACCAGGUUCGAAGCCCUUUUCAUUAAAGAAGAAGAGGUGGACGGAGACAGAACCCCAAUGGAGCAAAGAGAGUGUAACUCAGCACAAUCUGGGCUCACCAUCACACAGCUGAAUCAAUGUGUUUUAAUUAAACCAUACCUACAAGAGAUGGAUGACUUACUGAAAAGCUGCGAGGAGCUCACUGGUAUCCCUUUUAGCUCUCACUUCUCAGAUAGCUACAAUGAAACAAGCCUGAAUGAAUCAACUCAUUACCACAGCAAAGAUGAAGAUGCAAUGAAGAGUCAUGGAGGAAGAAGUAUGUCUCCCCAAGCAUAUCUUUUCACAAGCUAUAUUGACACAAACAUGGAUGGGGCUGAAACAGAAAACCAGCAAGCACAAGGUCAGUCGCAAGGCUUGGCUACUAUCAUCAACAGGUGUGAAGUGACCAGAGAUGUUUCCCACCAAAGAAAAAUGCCUCUCACUUCUGUGGGUCACAAACUCAGUGACACCAUGGUGGAGUAUGAAGGCCAGUUGAUGGGGAUGUUGGCCAUGCUGGAGAGCUGUAUGGAAGAGGCUGGGAUGGACUCUGAGCCCCAGGACUGGAGUACAGACGCAAGCCAAGAAUAUGUACACAUAAGUAAGAAUCCUCAUCUUUGUGGGGGUAAUACACUAGUGCCCAUUCAGCAAGAGAGGCCAGUAAAGUUGGAGACUGAGCCGAUGCAAUUAGAAUCAUCAUGGGCUGGUCAACAUGCAUGGGGAGAGAGGAAAAGCAAUUUGAAAACAGAAGAUGGGGUUCGUGAUGCUCAAUUCAGGUUUUCAGAACCAUCUAUGCCUUUAAGUGGUAUAGAAAAUGACCCUCUGUACCUUGAGUCAACAAAGACAGGAUCUAUUCCUAUUUAUGAAGACACAUACACCAAGGAACAUGUAACUGGGCUUGAAUCAGGGGACACUGAAUUGCCAGCUGAAGAAGGACAGGAGACCAAGAUGGACACCACUGAUCUGGGAUCUGGCAUGAAUGACAUAGCUGAACUAGGGUCUCAAAUGGAGAAGUGCAUAGAGGAGGUACAGCAAUUAGAGAGGAGGAGGAAGGAGCUGCUGGCAGAGGUGAUGGAAUUGAGAGGGAAUAAAGACAGGGAGGAGGCAGAAGGCAGCAAUGAAGAGGAGAUGGAGGAGCCAACUGAUAUCAAAGUGGCAGAGCUGAUGAAUCUCCUGAAGCAGGAGGAAGAGGGGAGAAGAGAGGAGAGGAAGAGGGAGAUUCAGAGCCUCAGAGAGGAGAGAGCAGAGGAGGAGAGGAGGAUGUGGAAGGUGAACCUGGAGAAACAAGGGCUGCAGGAGGAGCUCAGAAAGCUCAAGAUGAGGCUAUUCACUAUGGCCAGGGAUUGUGCUCACAACCAGAUUGCCCUGAACACCCAGCAUCGUGAAGUGGAGGUACUAAAGAGGGAAGAGGAGAAGCUGCAGUCGCUGGUGCUCCAGCUGACCGAAGAGGUCUCCCAACUCAGGACAGCCCAAAAGCAACAGCUUUUUGACCUACAAGAACAGCUUCAUGCCCAUAGCUCCAGUCAGACCUCCAACACCCAAGACGAACUGGCUCAGUGCAGGAGGCACUCCUGUGGGGACAUCCAGCAGUAUCUGCAGGGUGGACUGAGAGCGCUGGAGGACAGGUAUGAACCCAUUUUGCUUGCGUUGCUGAAGAGGAGGGAGGUAACAGCUGGAGCCCUGGCGAAAGCCAAAGAACAGGCCCAGGAGCUGAGGACUCAGCUGAGACCCCUACAGGAGGAGAUCCAAAAACUGAAGCUCCAGAAAGCUUGUUUGGAAGAAAAACUUAAAUUAAUGCACAUACAGAGGAGAGAGGAUGUGGGGCAGUACAAGGAGAUGGUGUACUGUCUGGAGGAGAGCAGCAGAGAGCUCAAGACUGAGUUAAAAAUUCAGAAAAGAAAAACCAAAGAGAUAGAGGACUUGAGAGACAGCCUUACCAAACAACUGAUGCUGUACAGAGCUGCCAUUGAGGACCAUAACAAGUGUGAAGAAGAGGAGAGGACAUGAAUUUUAUGUUCAAGAUUUAAAAAUUGAAGUGAUUUUAUUAAAAAUUGAUGUUUUGUUUUUUGUUUUUUUUAAAUUGAACGUAGUGAACUCCAAGGUUCUAUUAAUGCACUUUACAUAAAGUAAGACAUGCUGUUAUUCAAAAAAAAAAAAAAAAUAGAUGAAUACAAAGUUUGAAUGAAGUUUUUUUUUUUAGAGCAGUCUGUCACUGUGAACAAGACUGUAGCUUUUCAAAAGGUUUUUGUCAUGAAUAAAGACUUUGUGUUUGUUGUAACCUGA